UUUUUUUAACACGCUAGAGUUCACCACUGAUCUCAUACGAGUUUUUUCAACUUGGCUGCUGGAAACGAAGAAAAAAUUUCUCCUCUCUGCGCAUAAUUCGUAGUUAUCGUUUCUUUAAUUCUUAUUUCAAUCCUUCGAUAAUGAUCCGGUUCAUAUUGUUACAAAACAGGCAAGGCAAGACUCGGCUUGCAAAAUAUUACGUUCCUUUGGAGGAUUCCGAGAAGCACAAGGUUGAAUACGAGGUUCAUCGGUUAGUGGUGAACAGAGAUCCCAAGUUUACGAAUUUCGUCGAGUUUCGUACACACAAGGUAAUCUACAGGCGAUAUGCUGGAUUGUUCUUCUCACUUUGUGUUGACAUAACAGAUAAUGAAUUGGCAUAUUUAGAGUGCAUCCAUUUAUUUGUGGAGAUAUUGGAUCAUUUCUUCAGCAAUGUGUGUGAGCUAGAUUUGGUAUUUAAUUUUCACAAGGUGUAUCUGGUACUCGACGAAUUUAUUCUAGCUGGAGAACUUCAAGAAACAAGCAAGAGGGCAAUCAUUGAGAGAAUGGGGGAACUGGAGAAGCUAGAGUGAAGAAUUAAUUCUUAGUAAAUAUUGUGUGGAUUGGCACUUUGAUUUGUAUUUUUUAUUUUUUUCCCAAGUUGAUGGUGCUUACAUAUAAUUUGUUUACCCAUCUUUGCUUAGACAAUCUUUCUCUUGUUUAUUAGAAAGUGAAAACCCUACCCUCCUCCUGCAGUCCUGUUUUAUCAGAAUCGAACGCUGAAUACAUAUUCUUUAAAGCAGUUGUAGUGGAUCAACAACUGAGCUAGUUUCAGAUCA